UCGUUAAAAACCAGUCAAGGACAGACUGUGGCACACAGUGCUAAUCACGGAUCAAAGUCCAUCUGCAACAAGAGAUGUCUGAGCAAACUGCAGGACGUGUGCUGGGAACUCCCAACAGGACCUCAUGAGUCCCAUUUCGGUUGGACCAAAUGAUGGCAGCUGAUGAAGAGGAAGAUCUUACUCCAGAGGAAAGGAGGAAAUUGGAAAGAAAAUUGAAAAAAGAGCGGAAGAAAGAAGAAAAAAAGCUGAUGAGAGAAGCUGGAAUCUCUACUAAGAAAGCAGAACCCAAGAAGCUGUCGGGAUCUGAACUGGCUCUGGCCUAUUUAACCAGCUGGUCUGAAAACCCAAAGGAAUGGAAGUUUCAAAAGACAAGACAGACCUGGCUGCUCUCACACAUGUAUGAGAAGGAGAAGGUUCCAGAUGAGCAUUUCACCAUUUUACUGGACUAUCUGCAGGGCCUUAAGGGCAGUGCACGGGACACAACUGUGCAGAAAGCUGAAGCUCUGAUGCAGGAAUUGGAUGGAUCGGAUGCAGAAGACCCAACCGUGAUGGAGAAGUGUGAGCGCAUACGCCAAGUUCUGCAGCUGCUGUCUUGAGAGUGGUUCUGUGUCUCGGUGCUUGUCUGGUGGAAAGAAGCACUGAAUAUCACGUGCAAUACUUCAAAUUCGUUGUAAAGACAUAUUUUGAUAAUGAAUCUGAAUACUACAUUUUCUGAAUUUGUACUCGUGUUUUCGGCUGCAAGUAUUUAUCGUUUUGAGGUGAUGAAGUCAAAACAGAACACCAUGUAUGGUCCAUAGGCAUGCUGCAUUGAUUAAAAGUAAUCUCACUGCUUAUCUUUGGAAAAAUACACCUCUCUUCUCGUUAGUUUUUCUCCAGCUCUCUGUCUAAUUACUGUUAAGUAAGAGGAGCUUUGCAGUUCUUAACAAGAAGAGUAGAGCAGCCAACAGAAAGCCUGGAGGCUCCUUUACAAUGGCAGCUUGUAGCAUUAGCAUACAGUGCAGUGCUUGCUCAGCCAGCUGCAGUCUGUCACUUUCAGCUUCAGAAGUGUGUCAUUUGGAUUUGGGAAAGAUCAUUUUCAGUCUGUUGAGCACGGGUUGUAUAACACAGUUGCUUAUUAGUGCUUCACGCAGUAAUCUGGAGAUACCAUCAGCUUUGUUAGUUUUCCUUGUAUAUUUCAAAGGUUUUCAGUGCCUUGCAGCAAUUGUUUAGAUACUCAGAUAAUGUGCAGAUGGGAACAGCUCAGAUCUUUUGACCAUGUGUAGUGAACUCAUCUUGUACCCAAACUCACCCUGUGACGAGAAGUGCUGCACAGCAACACUUUGUGUGCCGCCUGCCAAUAUUGUGUUCUCAUUUUUCUCUGUACUUGGUGGCCAAAAGAGUAAAUCUGCGUUCAUUUGCGUUGACAUGUGGCAUUUAUCUCCUAUGAAUGUGCUAAAAAUGAGGCUUUCAAGUGAAAACCAAAGACAUCAAUCACUCGAAUGUUGCAGUAUUGGCUUAUGAUUUAAUAACACUUACAUUCAAUUCUGCGUUCUUGACCUGAUUCUUUAAUCUUUCUGCAGAUAUUGUUCAUGCUGUAUUACCAACAACUUUAUCAAAUGUGUAUUUUAGAAGAGUGGCUGUCUUUGGGAAUUACUGCUUUAAUGUGAAUGGAUGAAGGAGGGGAGAAUCUAUGGAUAUGCUGGCCUAAUUUUUCAGUAAGAAGCAUUUGAGUGGAUUUGACAGCCUUCACAGUCACAGGUUAUUACAAGUCCUCAGAAGUAUGAAAUGUAUUCCUAGUAACAAAUAACUUAAGAUUUGGGCUUCUUGAAGAUGAGGUUUUCAACCAAAGAAGACCUGUUGUUAGCCCAAGCAGAAACCAAUGCUUUUUUCUCUCCAUCAGAAGAGAAGAUGAAUUCUAAGGGGUGAAGUUUUCUAAGUGUCUUGUUGGGAUUUUAUAAUUGCAUUUUCUCACUUCUGCUUCCUGCUCAUUUUAGGAUUUUAAUCUAGAAAUUUACAUUGCUUGAUAAUUAUAUUCAUCAGGAUUUCCUCCGUGAUGUAUUUUAAAUGACAUAUUUUAAAUGAUGAGGUGGAUAAUUGCAGCUAUGGAAUUCCUGCAGCUGCCCAGAGCUGUGCAGGCAGACACAACCCAUCACUUCAUUCACUUUGUUCCAUCCUUCGGUCACGUAGAGUUUUCAGAUGUUAAUGUUGUCUGUAGCCUAGGCUGUCUUAUGGCUGCAGACAGGGCAAAAUCGUGUCUGGGUUUCCAUGCCAUGGCUGCUGUGUUAAUAAGAAUUGAGUCCAAGGCGAGAAGUAACAGUGUGCAUGGGCAGUCUGACAAAUUGCACCUUCAUCUGCUUGCUCUAAUUGUCUUCUUGUUGGUCUGAGCUGCAUUGCGGAGCUCCAGCUAUAAGGAUCCUGUCUGAAUAGAAUGCUGAAGUCAGGGCUUCUAGGCAAAAUAAAGGAACAUUAAUUACUCAAAA